AUGUUUGAACUCAGUUAAUUAUAAACCACAAAUAAAAUCCCUCUUAUGGCAAAACAGCACCUUUGUCUCACUCUUCUUACCAAACACUAAAACAAGCAAAAGGAAUCGUUUUUUCUUUCUUGUAACUUUUGUUUUUCGCAAUUCCAUAAUUUAUUUCUUUAUAAAAAGUGACCCCUAAGAGUAUCCAUUUUUGCAGUAAUUGACUCAGCAUUUUCAUUCACACCAGUCACCAAUGGAAAACUCAAACACUGAUUCAGAAGUUUUCUCUUGGUUUCAGAACCAGAACCAAAGCCAUUGCCUUAAGCUUCCUUCUUCUUGCUUUCCACCGACCUCUCUCUCUGCUUUUUAUGGAUCUAGCUCCAUGAGCAACACGGAGACUAACACUGUGGACGAAGACGACGUCUGUGAGAGCUACAACACGCGUGAGACAACCAAGAAACGGAAGCUGACACCAUUCCAAUUGCGUUUACUAGAGGAGAGUUUCGAAGAAGACAAACGACUAGAACCGGACAGGAAACUCUGGCUGGCCGAGAAGAUGGGUUUGCAGCCGAGCCAAGUCGCUAUAUGGUUCCAAAACAGAAGGGCUAGGUUCAAGAAUAGACAGCUAGAGAUCGACUGCGACUCUCUUAAGGCUAGCUAUGCUAAGCUCAAGACUGAUAGGGACAUUCUCUUUCGACAAAACCAAGCCCUUAUAAACAAGGUUGCUCUCCUCAAAGAGGAGCUGAAAAUUCAAGAGAAACUCGAAACUCAGUCUAUAGAAACCGAGAAGCUUGGGGAAGAAGGUAGUUCGGUGAGAAGCAACAAUACGCAGUACAGUGAAGAAGAAGAAGGGUUGGGACAUAAUCAAUACAGUUUCCCGGAGCUUGCAGCUCUCGGAUUCUACUAUGACCCAACUUUGUGUGCUUCAAAUCUAGGGUUGUGAGCUUGUGACACUGUCCCGUGUGACCCAAGAUAAUAACUUAUCUAUUUCCUUCUUUUUUUCUUCUUAGGGUUCCAUAUUCAUGGGAAACAUAUUUUCAUGGAUGGUUAAUAAAAAAAUCAUUAUGUUAAA